CACUGAGCGCUUACACCAUAUGUGCCCUGUCCCAGUGCGCGGGUCUGUGGAGAGCCGGGUGCGAGAAGCGGCAGCGCGGCGGGGGACGGAGCCGGGCCGAGACCGAAGUCGAACGGGAGCCAGUGUGUCUGUGAUCAGCCGGAUAGAGGGGCCGGGGCCAGGAGCGCCGCUGACAGGCGAUGGGGAAGAAACAGAAAAACAAGAGCGAAGACAGUGCCAAGGAUGACAUUGAUCUCGAUGCCUUGGCUGCAGAAAUAGAAGGAGCUGGUGCUGCCAAAGAGCAGGAACCUCAAAAGUCAAAAGGGAAAAAGAAAAAAGAGAAAAAGAAGCAGGACUUUGAUGAAGAUGAUAUUCUGAAAGAACUGGAAGAAUUGUCUUUGGAAGCUCAAGGCAUCAAAGCUGACAGAGACACCGCUGCUGUGAAGCCAACAGAAAACAAUGAAGAAGAAUCUGCCUCAAAACAAGAUAAAAAAAAGAAAGGACAGAAGGGCAAAAAACAAACUUUUGAUGAUAAUGAUAGUGAAGAAUCAGAGGAUAAAGAUUCAAAAUCAAAAAGGACUGCAAAACCAAAAGUGGAAAUGAACUCUGGUAGUGAUGAUGAUGAUGAUUUUAACAAACUCUCUAAAAAAGCUAAAGGGAAAGCUCAAAAAUCAAAUAAAAAAUGGGAUGGAUCAGAGGAGGAUGAGGAUAAUGGUAAAAGAAUUAAAGAGCGUUCCAAAGUAAAUUCUUCUGGUGAAAGUGGCGAUGAAUCAGAUGAAUUUUUGCAGUCUAGAAAAGGACAGAAAAAAAAUCAAAAAAAUAAGCCAGGUCCUAACGUAGAGAGCGGAAAUGAAGAUGACGACUCCUCCUUCAAGAUUAAGACAGUGGCCCAAAAGAAGGCAGAGAAGAAAGAGCGUGAGAGAAAAAAGCGAGAUGAAGAGAAAGCAAAACUGAGGAAGCUGAAAGAAAAAGAAGAGUUAGAAACAGGUAAAAAGGAUCAGAGUAAACAAAGAGAAUUUCAAAAGAAAUCUGAAGAGGACAGGAAAAUCCAAGUGUCUCUUGACACUGGAGCUACCCCCAUCUCUGAGGAGAAAGGAGAGACUGCCAUAGCUGUCGAAGAUGACAAUGAAGGAGACAAAAAGAAAAAGAUAAGAAGAAAGAAGGCAGAAAAAGGAAGAAAAAGAGAAGAGAAGAAAAAAGGACCUAGCAAAGCAACUGUUAAGGCUAUGCAAGAAGCUCUGGCUAAGCUUAAAGAAGAAGAAGAAAGACAGAAGAGGGAAGAGGAGGAACGCAUAAAACGACUGGAAGAACUAGAAGCAAAGCGAAAAGAAGAGGAGCGAUUGGAACAAGAAAAAAGAGAAAGGAAAAAACAAAAAGAAAAAAGAAAGAAAGAACGUUUAAAAAAAGAGGGGAAGCUUUUAACUAAAUCCCAGAGAGAAGCCAGAGCCAGAGCCGAAGCUACCCUUAAACUUCUACAAGCUCAGGGUGUGGAAGUGCCAUCAAAAGACUCUUUGCCAAAGAAAAGGCCAAUUUAUGAAGAUAAAAAGAAGAAAAAAACACCACAGCAACUAGAAAGUAAAGAAGCAUCCGAACCAAUGGAAUUAAGUGCUGCUGUAGGUUUAGAACAAGAAGUACCACAAAAAGAAGAGAUAGCGCCUCCUGUUGAACCAGAAGAAGAAGAAGAAACUGAGGAUGGUGGGUUGGAUGAUUGGGAAGCUAUGGCCAGUGAUGAGGAGAGAGAAAAAGAAGGGAACACGGUUCAUAUAGAAGUAAAAGAAAACCCUGAAGAGGAGGAAGAAGAGGAAGAAGAGGAAGAAGAAGAAGAGAGCGAAGAAGAGGAGGAGGAGGAAGGAGAAAGUGAGGGCAGUGAAGGUGAUGAAGAAGAGGAAAAGAUGUCAGAUGAGAAAGAUUCAGGGAAACGUUCGACAAAAAGCCAAGUAAGAAAUGAGCUCAGACUCUGAUAUGACUCUGAUGAUGAUCGAACUAAAGAAGAGAGGGCUUAUGACAAAGCAAAACGGAGAAUUGAGAAACGGCGACUUGAACAUAGUAAAAAUGUAAAUACAGAAAAGCUAAGAGCUCCUAUUAUCUGUGUACUUGGACAUGUAGACACAGGAAAGACAAUUCUAGAUAAGCUCCGCCAUACACAUGUCCAAGAUGGUGAAGCAGGUGGUAUCACACAGCAAAUUGGGCCACCAAUGUUCCCGGAAGCUAUUAAUGAACAGACUAAGAUGAUUAAAAAUUUUGACAGAGAGAAUGUUCGGAUUCCAGGAAUGCUAAUUAUUGAUACUCCUGGGCAUGAGUCUUUCAGUAAUCUGAGAAACAGAGGAAGCUCUCUUUGUGAUAUUGCCAUUUUAGUUGUUGAUAUUAUGCAUGGUUUGGAGCCUCAGACAAUUGAAUCUAUCAACCUUCUCAAAUCUAAAAAAUGUCCCUUCAUUGUUGCACUUAAUAAGAUCGAUAGGUUAUAUGAUUGGAAAAAGAGUCCUGACUCUGAUGUGGCUGCUACUUUAAAGAAGCAGAAAAAGAAUACAAAAGAUGAGUUUGAAGAGCGAGCAAAGGCCAUUAUUGUAGAAUUUGCACAGCAGGGUUUGAAUGCUGCUUUGUUUUAUGAGAAUAAAGAUCCCCGCACUUUUGUGUCCUUGGUACCUACCUCUGCACAUACUGGUGAUGGCAUGGGAAGUCUGAUCUACCUUCUCGUGGAGUUGACUCAGACCAUGUUGAGUAAGAGACUGGCACACUGUGAAGAGCUGAGAGCACAGGUGAUGGAGGUUAAAGCUCUCCCAGGAAUGGGCACCACUAUAGAUGUCAUAUUAAUUAAUGGGCGGCUGAAGGAAGGAGAUACAAUCAUUGUUCCUGGAGUAGAAGGGCCUAUUGUCACUCAGAUUCGAGGACUCCUGUUACCCCCUCCUAUGAAGGAAUUGCGAGUGAAGAACCAGUAUGAAAAGCAUAAAGAAGUAGAAGCCGCUCAAGGGGUGAAGAUUCUUGGAAAAGACCUGGAGAAAACACUGGCUGGUUUACCUCUCCUGGUGGCUUAUAAAGAAGAUGAAGUCCCUGUUCUUAAAGAUGAAUUGAUCCAUGAAUUAAAGCAGACACUAAAUGCUAUCAAAUUAGAAGAAAAAGGAGUCUAUGUCCAGGCAUCCACAUUAGGCUCUUUGGAAGCUCUACUUGAAUUUUUGAAAACCUCAGAAGUGCCAUAUGCAGGAAUUAACAUUGGCCCUGUCCAUAAAAAAGAUGUUAUGAAGGCUUCUGUGAUGUUGGAACAUGAUCCUCAAUAUGCAGUAAUUUUGGCCUUUGAUGUGAGAAUUGAACGGGACGCACAAGAAAUGGCCGAUAGUUUAGGAGUUAGAAUUUUUAGUGCAGAAAUUAUUUAUCAUUUAUUUGAUGCCUUUACAAAAUAUAGACAAGACUACAAGAAACAGAAACAAGAAGAAUUUAAGCACAUAGCAGUAUUUCCCUGCAAGAUGAAAAUCCUUCCUCAGUAUAUUUUCAAUUCUCGAGAUCCAAUAGUGAUGGGGGUGACUGUGGAAGCAGGUCAGGUGAAACAAGGGACACCUAUGUGUGUCCCAAGCAAAAACUUUGUGGACAUCGGGAUAGUAACAAGUAUUGAAAUAAACCACAAACAAGUGGAUGUUGCAAAAAAGGGACAAGAAGUCUGUGUCAAAAUAGAACCCAUCCCUGGUGAAUCUCCCAAAAUGUUUGGGAGACAUUUUGAGGCUACAGACAUUCUUGUCAGUAAAAUCAGCCGGCAGUCCAUCGAUGCACUCAAAGACUGGUUCAGAGAUGAAAUGCAGAAGAGUGACUGGCAGCUUAUUGUGGAACUUAAGAAAGUAUUUGAAAUCAUCUAAAUUUUCCACAUGGGGCAGGAAUUGGAACAAAUGCAAUAUUAUGUUGUAAUGUCACCAACAAGACAAGACAAAAAAAUGGAACAGAUGUAUCUGGACACUGAUGGACUUAGAUGUAUAAAACGUUUUCCAUGAGAAACCAAGAAACUUACACUGGUUUGACAGUGGUCAGUUACACAUCCCACAGUUCCAGCGUGCCUGUUCGUUCACACCCUCCUCGCCCCACCCUUCCCUACUUGGCUGCUGUUUUAAAGUUUGCCCUUCCCUAAAUUUGGAUUUUUAUUACAAAUCUAAAGAUCUUUCAAUUUUAUACUGAUUAAAUCAGUCCUGCAGUAUUUGAUUAACCAUGCUUCUGCAGAUUUUGUGAUUCUUGGGACUUUUUUGAUGUUAAGAUACACAUCUUAUCUUUAUGCAUAUUCUUCCGCCAUACGCCCUUAGGGAUUUUUUAAAAUAGAAAAUUAAGCAUUCUGAUAUUUCUUUAUCUGCUUUGUGAAACCAUGGUGUAAAGCAUAGCUGGCUGCUUUUUACUGCUUGUAUAGUCAUGAGAGUCUUGUAAUCAUCACAAUCCAAAAAAUAAUAAUAAUAAACAAACAUUGCAGUACUGGCAAGCUCUGGUAGGCUUCCAUGUCAGUGUAGCUUCUCAUCCUCAGCACAGCACAUUCUUCCUAGGAUGAAGAUUAUCAACCCACCACACCCUUGUGUCCUAGCAGUGGAAGGAAUUAGUUUCUGAUAAAACAGCUGGCAACAAUAGGGAAGUAUUUGGGUUUGGUGCUUCUGAGUUGCUGCAGAUACUUCAUAGUGACUUACUCAUGGUAGUGAUCUGACUUGCUAGUUCUAGAGGAAUAUGACUCAAAGGAAGCAGACACUCCUUUCCCCACCCAAAUUAACCUGUUGCAUGUUACAGCAGAGUUAAGUCAUUGUGGCAUAACUGAGGAAAAAGUUGGAAGUAUUAACUAGCAUGGAAUCAAACUAUCUUUAAGUGUGAGAGCAUAUCAGCAUAGAAAAAAUUUUGUGUGUGUUUGACAAUCUACUGAUCUUCAUCAUCAAAGUUUCUGUAGGGUCAGUAGAGGCAUAGCCAGCACCACCUCAAAACUAUCUGUGAUAUAAACACUAGAUUGUGAAAGAUUAUGUAAGCUUCCCCACAUGGAAGAAGGAAAGAUUUACUUAACAUGCUCCUGUUCAUGUUCAUGCUUGGGAGACAAGAAUAAGAUGAUUUAGAAGCUUUACCCUUUCUUGGAACAAGUAGAAUCCUGGUCUGGGACCUCUCAGGAAUUUCGGUCUGGAGGUUUUUCAACCUCUUAAGUAUAAUAAAUAGUUGCUUCCUAGAGUUGAGUUUUUAAGGAUUCACAAAAAGGAGCCUGUACAAAAUAUACAUACAGUUCUUUAUUAAACAACUGUAAACACUUCACUGUAAAAAUCCAUAAAACUUUAUAAACAAACAUUUUGUAAAUAGAAUCUAUGCUACAGUAAAAGAAUUAACACAAUUAUUUACAUGCAAUACUGACAAAUUUGGCACUUUUUUUGAAAAGAAAUGUACAAAACACUUGCUUAAAAAGAAAUCUGAAAUUGUAAAAACUCAGAGCAUUACUAUCAUGCACUUUGCAAAUACCUCACAAGCACUUAUGGCACAGCUAGCGGAGAGCACCAGGCUCUCUGGAAAUAUUUAUGUAACUUUCAGUGUGCUUCCAUAAGUUUGUUGUAAAACCACCUGAACAUUGUCAAGAAUAAAGUCAAAUGCCAUAUUCCAAACCGAUUCCACCGACUGCUGCAUCAACCUGAAAGCAGGGAAAGAAGAAAGCCAUCAUUAGGAAAGAGUUCUAAGACUUGAUUCCUUUCAAGUCUUCAUUGCUGAACGUUUUACACAUAAAAGGUGAUCUUGGCCAAAAAUUAAAAUCCUAAAUAGAACACUAAAAAGGAAAAUAUAUUCCCAUGGUUUUAAAUCACAUAGUAGACAUCAACCUCAAAGGCAACAACCUCAUUUUAAACUUACUACUCUGUCACAAACAUUAUGGCAUUUUUUUCCUGUGGGACUGAAUAUAAAGGGCUUGCUUCAUUUUUUUCAUUAUUCCUAAAAAAGUGUAGUUUGCCAGGAAGAAGUUUCCAGGAAAAAGUUUAAAACCAUCAAUUAAACCUCCAAUUAACUUGUGCAGUGUGAUUGAUUCCCUUCAUAAAAACACUAAACAAGUUACCUUUUCAUGUAUUUUAUAACUAAGUCCAGUUUUUCCAAAUCUUUUUCCUCUAUAAGAUCAGUACAAUAUUUCACAACUUGCAGUAUGUCUUCUUCCAUUGGAUCUAGGAAGGGAAAACCUCAUAUAAGGACCAUGAUGUUUAAAGGAGAGAGAGAUCUGCAGGGACAAAGGAAAACUGCAUUUCUACAAGUGCACCACUGAUUACAGCUACUUAAAGAAUGGGCUGCAGAAAGGAACUUUUCAAAUCAAGUCCAGAAGAUCAGUUAGAAAUACGCAUUUGAUCUGUGCGUCUGUUCAUGUUCUCAAAUCACAGGGCCACCCACAGGCCAAGCCAACCUGAAAUGGUAGUUAUCCAUUCUUUGAGCAAGGUCUUUACAUCACUGAACUCAACAGCUCCAGCUAGAUUGGGUGCUGCAGGUCUAACACAGCUGGCCAGGUCAGGCUGCAAACUGGAAAGGCCUGACACUCCUGAAGUGGAAGCAGAGAUUUCUUCCUGCUGAGAAAACAAAAGAUAAAAAUGCUACAUUUAAAAGUAUCAAGGGCAUUAAGAUCUGAUAAAACUCAAAAGAGUUUUAAAAGUAUUUUUUCAAAAAAUUUACCAGGGGUUUCUCAGCAAUAGGUCCUUCAUGUUUUAGAAACCCAUCAAUUAACUUCUGGGGACUCCCAUAGGCCCCUGGCAGGGAUUUUGCAGGACUGUUAAACAGUUUAUUUUUCAAAGGGCUCUGAAUCUUUUUCUUGGGACUGAUGGGGGGUUUUUUCUUGUUUUUCUUCUUAUCUUUCACGGUUGCUGGCUUUAGCUGAAGUAAGGGAUUCUUUGGCACUGGAAGAAGAGGUAUAUGAUGAGUUUGGACAGUGCCAUGGGCUCUUCCCUCCUUCAAAAUGCAACCCUCCCACCCCAUAGCACAUCCACCCUAAACACCCGCAGCCAGGAGUGGAGGCCAUGAAUGACAGUGGCCGACAAGCUCUACAGUUCCUGCUGUCUCGGCUCUGCCACUUUGGCAUGCUUAUCUAUAAGCAUGGGGUGGUCACAGGAUUGAAAGAAAAUUCAACAGAUGGAAACACUCAGAGUAGUGCCUGCUAAAUUAUAAACUCCAGAAAUGUUACUCAGAGUAGACACGGGUUCAGGUGUUUGUGACAUACAUCCACAAGCCUUGAGAUUUGUGUUUUGGACCCAUUUUAAUUCUGCCUUGACAAGUAUUGAAAAGAUCUGUGUUACCUUAUUUUUGAAAGCAAAGUCUGAAUAAGCAAGUACACACACUGGGCUGAGAUUAUGGCUCAGUGGUGGAGUGCUUGCCUAGCAUGCGUGAGGCAGUGGAUUUGAUCCUCAGAACCACAUACAAAACUUAAUAAAGCUAUUAUUUUAAAAAUCGACUAAAAAAAAAAAGGUGAAGUACACACACUAACCUAACUAGGACUAUGCCAACUUCCACCCCUGUUGUAGACCUGUUC